AUGUCGGCUGCCGAGACUCAAUGGCUGGCUCAGCUUAGCGCUAUGCGGGCUGCCAUUGCCGAACUGAAACUGCCCCAAACAGACGCGCCGGCUUACGGCCAGGAUGUAUGGACAGAUGGAGAAGAAUCUUCGGAACCUACGAGUGAUGAUGAUAUUUGGGACCUUGUUGAUGAUGAUGACGACGAAGAGGAUGAAGCGUCUCUUAGUGACUCCUCAGAUCCUGUGCAGGCUGAAACAGCACACGCAGCAUAUGGUCCGGCGUGGCUACACGAAAGACUUUCCUAUGUCUCUUCGGAAAUGAGUGUCGACGAGUUGCAAGAUCAUGUUGUCGCCAUACUUGGCUCGGACAGCAGCGAUGAUGAGCUUCAGAUGCUUCUCGCAGAUACUCUGGGCUUCGAUGAACUGGACCUGGUGGCCGACUUCAUCGCCCACAGAAAAGACAUCUCCUCGGCCUUGCAAGCCCCUGCAAAAAGUCAGUCUGACGGUAGAAUUCUUACGCGCCGUGAAAGAGAAGAGGCUCUCCAACAGCAGGAUUUCAAACACAAGACUGCCACUCUAGCCGCUGCUCAGAAUCGCUCGAACACUGAAUAUCCCCACGUUUAUCGAGCUCACGAUGCAGGAAACAUGCUUUCUUCGCAUGGUCGGAAGUAUAUGCUGCCACUGGGUAGUGAGCGUACAGAGCACGAAAAGUAUGAAGAGUACUCAAUUCCCCCUGCGAAGGUCGGUACUUUGGGUAUCGGUCAAUCGCUUGUCGACAUCAAAGACAUGGACACGCUCUGUCAAAGGACUUUCAAAGGUUACAAGUCCUUGAAUCGCAUGCAAAGUCUGGUGUAUCCAGUGGCAUACAGGACCAGCGAGAACAUGCUGAUUUGUGCACCUACUGGUGCUGGUAAAACUGAUGCCGCUAUGUUGACCAUUCUCAACACCAUUGCCAAGAAUGUUACACCAAGCCCAUCCGAUGACCCAGAUGCUACCGAUCUUGCAGUCUCACUCAAUGAUUUCAAGAUCGUCUAUGUCGCUCCCAUGAAGGCACUGGCUGCAGAAAUUACAGAGAAAUUGGGCAAAAGACUUGCCUGGCUCGGCAUCCAAUGUCGUGAGCUUACUGGAGACAUGCACCUUACCAAAGCCGAGAUCGUACAGACUCAGAUCAUUGUGACCACGCCGGAAAAGUGGGACGUCGUCACAAGAAAGAGCACUGGAGAUACCGAGCUUGUUCAAAAAGUUCGUCUCCUGAUCAUUGAUGAAGUCCAUAUGCUUCAUGACGAGCGAGGUGCUGUGCUUGAGUCGCUUGUUGCUCGCACCGAACGACAGGUUGAGAGCACACAAUCUCUGAUCCGCAUCGUCGGUCUUUCUGCCACUCUCCCCAACUAUGUUGAUGUCGCCGAUUUUCUCAAGGUCAAUCGAAUGGCUGGAUUGUUCUACUUUGAUGGUUCUUUCAGACCAGUGCCUCUUGAACAACAUUUCCUUGGAGUCAAGGGCAAAGCUGGCAGCAAGACUUCGCGAGAGAAUUUGGAGAUUGUCGCGUUUGAGAAGGUACGCGACAUGCUGGAAAGAGGACAUCAAGUCAUGGUCUUCGUACAUUCUCGCAAAGAUACAUGGAAAACUGCCAAGACCAUGUAUGAGAUGGCUACGGACGAAGGAUGCACCGAUCUCUUCGAUCCUUCCUUCCAUGAGAACUACCAACAAGCCUUGCGCGACCUCAAAACGUCCAAGGGCCGUGAGCUUAGAGAACUUGUGCCCAAGGGUUUUGGAACUCAUCACGCCGGUAUGCCUCGCUCGGACAGAAACCUCAUGGAACGUCUGUUCGCCGACGGAGUGUUGAAAGUGUUGUGCUGUACCGCCACACUCGCCUGGGGUGUUAACUUACCAGCUGCCGCUGUCGUAAUCAAGGGCACUCAGCUUUAUAGUGCAGAGGCAGGUAAGUUCGUUGAUCUUGGUAUUCUUGAUGUCCUCCAGAUUUUCGGACGUGCCGGUCGCCCCCAGUUCCAGGACACUGGUAUAGGUUUCAUCUGCACUACUCAAGAUAAGAUUCAACACUAUCUCACUGCGGUUACUCAACAGCAACCGAUCGAGUCAAACUUUUCAAAGAAGAUGGUCGACAAUCUCAAUGCCGAGAUCUCUUUGGGUACGGUGACUUCGGUCUCAGAGGCAGUCCAAUGGCUUGGUUACUCUUACCUGUUCGUCCGUAUGCAACGGAACCCCAUGGCAUACGGUAUUGAAUGGUCUGAGAUCCGAGACGAUCCACAGCUUGUGCAAAGACGUCGCGAACUGAUCAUUAAGGCUGCCAGGGUCUUGCAACAAAGUCAGAUGAUCAUCUUCAACGAGACAACCGAGGAACUCCGCGCAAAAGAUGUAGGUCGAAUUGCGAGUCAAUACUAUGUCCUGCAGACAAGCGUGGAAAUCUUCAAUACUAUGAUGCGACCCCAGGCUACAGAGGCAGAUGUUCUCAAGAUGAUCAGUAUGAGUGGUGAGUUCGACAACAUCCAAUCUAAGGAGCCAGAAGAGAAGGAGUUGUUGCGUCUCCAAGAUGAAUCUGCUCCAUGCGACAUUGAAGGUGGCAUCGGUUCUCAAUCAGGCAAGACCAAUGUUCUUCUGCAAUCAUACAUCUCCAGGGCUCGUCUUGAAGACUUCACCUUGGUGUCAGAUACCUCUUACGUGGCCCAGAACGCGGCUCGUAUUUGUAGGGCAUUGUUCAUGAUCGCAUUGAACAGACGUUGGGGUUAUCAAUGUCUCGUCCUGCUAUCGAUGUGCAAGUCAAUCGAGAAGCGAGUCUGGGCAUAUCAACACCCUUUCCAUCAGUUCGACAUCCCGCAUGCAGUCAUGAAGAACCUGGAUGAGAAGGGUUCGACUACGUCGAUUGAAGCAUUGAGAGAUAUGGAGCCAGCAGAAAUCGGUCACCUUGUCCACAACAACAAGAUGGGUUACACAAUUGCAAAGCUGCUUGACAACUUCCCCACUCUCACCGUUGAGGCCGAAAUUGCACCCUUGAACAGAGACGUGCUUCGUAUCCAUCUAUACAUCACACCUGACUUCAGAUGGAACGAGAAGCAUCACGGCAAGUCUGAAUCGUACUGGAUCUGGGUCGAGAACUCUGAGACCUCGGAAAUCUACCAUCACGAGUACUUCAUCCUCUCGAGAAGAAAGCUCUACGAUGAUCAUGAGCUGAGCUUCACUAUUCCACUAACAGAUCCUCUCCCGUCGCAAAUUUAUGUACGCGCUGUCUCUGAUCGAUGGCUCGGAGCUGAGACCGUUACUCCAGUAUCUUUCCAGCAUCUCAUUCGACCUGAUACCGAGAGUGUCUACACCGAUCUUCUCAACCUGCAGCCUUUGCCGAUCGCUGCGCUCAAGAAUCCUUUGUUGGAAGAGAUCUACAGCCAGCGCUUCCAAUUCUUCAAUCCUAUGCAAACGCAACUAUUCCACUGCAUGUAUCAUACAUCAGCCAAUGUGUUGCUGGGUUCUCCAACUGGUAGUGGUAAGACAGUUGCUGCAGAGCUGUCCAUGUGGUGGGCAUUCCGCGAAAAGCCAGGGUCCAAGGUCGUUUACAUUGCACCUAUGAAAGCUCUGGUUCGUGAGAGAGUCCAAGACUGGGGCCGUCGCUUGACCAAGCAAAUGGGACUGAAGCUCGUCGAGUUGACCGGUGACAACACACCGGAUACCCGAACAAUUCGUGACGCUGACAUAAUCAUUACAACUCCCGAGAAGUGGGAUGGUAUCAGUCGUAGUUGGCAGACCAGAGACUACGUACGUCAGGUCAGUCUGGUCAUUAUCGAUGAGAUUCAUCUGCUCGGCGGUGACAGAGGCCCUAUUCUGGAGAUCAUCGUUUCCAGAAUGAACUACAUUGCGUCCCAGAAGAAGGGAAGCGUUCGUAUCGUGGGUAUGUCGACUGCUUGUGCCAACGCCACCGACUUGGGUAAUUGGCUUGGUGUCAAGGAAGGCUUGUUCAACUUCCGACACUCUGUGCGACCUGUACCCUUGGAGAUUUACAUUGAUGGCUUCCCUGAGCAGAAGGGCUUCUGCCCGCUCAUGCAAUCGAUGAACCGACCAACCUUCCUUGCCAUCAAGUCUCACUCUCCUGACAAGCCGGUUAUCGUCUUUGUUGCCUCUCGUCGUCAGACCAGACUGACAGCUCGCGAUCUCAUCAAUUUUUGUGGUAUGGAAGAGAACCCUCGUCGCUUCGUACGCAUGUCAGAGGAUGAUCUCGCUCUGAAUCUGGAUCGUGUGAAGGACGACGCUCUGCGUGAGUCGCUGAGCUUUGGUAUUGGUCUGCAUCAUGCGGGUCUUGUCGAGUCAGACAGGUCGUUGGCGGAAGAGCUAUUCGCCAACAACAAGAUUCAGGUCCUUGUCGCCACCAGCACCUUGGCUUGGGGUGUCAAUCUGCCCGCUCAUCUUGUGGUUGUCAAGGGCACACAGUUCUUCGACGCAAAGACAGAGGCAUACAAAGACAUGGAUCUCACCGAUGUCCUGCAAAUGCUUGGUCGUGCUGGAAGACCUCAAUUCGACACUUCAGGUAUCGCCCGAAUCUUCACACAAGAUGCCAAGAAAGCAUUCUACAAGCACUUCCUGCACACUGGUUUCCCAGUCGAGUCGUCGCUCCACAACGUCUUGGACAACCAUUUGGGCGCCGAAGUGUCUGCAGAAACUAUCGCUACUAAGCAAGAUGCUCUUGACUAUUUGACUUGGACAUUCUUCUUCAGAAGACUACACAAGAACCCUUCGUACUAUGGUCUGGAGAUCUCGGCAGAGGAGCACAACACGAUGACCGCUCAGCAAUACGCCAACGAUUACAUGGUCGAGAUGGUUGACAAGUCGCUCUCUGAACUUGCCGACUCUGGUUGUGUCACUAUUCAUAACAAUGGAGACGUUGACCCAACACCACUGGGAAAGAUUAUGAGUUACUACUAUCUAGCUCACAAGACUAUCCGUCAUCUGAUCCAGCAUGCUAAGCCGAACGCUACUUUCGCAGAAGUUCUCGCCUGGAUGUGUGGUGCGACUGAAUACGAUGAGCUCCCCGUGCGCCACAAUGAAGAUUUGAUCAAUGCAGAGUUGUCUGCCAAUCUGCCGUUGAAUGCCGAGGAUGCCAUGUCGGGACUGCCAAUGUGGGAUCCCCACGUCAAGGCGUUCCUUCUCCUUCAAGCCCACUUCUCGCGCAUCGACCUUCCCAUCUCGGACUACGUCGGUGAUCAGACCUCGGUCCUUGAUCAGGCAAUUCGUAUCUUGCAGGCAUCUAUCGAUGUUCUCACGGAGCUUGGGUUCAACUCGAGUUGUGGUAUGAUGAUCACUCUGCUCCAAUGUGUCAAGUCUGCUCGCUGGCCUGAGGAUGGUCCUUUGGCCAUGAUUCCUGGUGUUGAGCCUCCAAGAGAACGCCAGCGUCUUUCGUCCUCCAAGAAGCCUAAGCCAAAGAAUCUCGUCGAGGCGACCACUACAUCGCGCAAGGACAUGGAGGUGGUCUUGCAUAAGCAGCUCUCACUCGCACCUCCACAACAGCCACGCGCUUUCAAGGCUCUGUCCGCUCUGCCUCAAUUGCGUGUCAAUGUUUCAGACGUCACGGCACUUGGUCUUAGUGUUUCGGUCGCUCGUCUAAACCCCGCUCUCAACCGCGAGUUCCACAUGUACGCACCUCGCUUCCCCAAACCUCAAUCCGAGGGCUUCUUCUUGGUCGUUGCAGACACCAAGACCGAUGAAGUACUCGCUCUCAAGCGCAUUUCUUGGCAUGUGGCUGGUCAGGGCAACAAGCAAGCUUCUCAGAUCAACCCUAAGCCGAUCUCGAGAAGUAAGAUUAGAUUGCCUCCUUCGGCUGGCGAGCGAGUCGUUUCGAUCAAGGUGGUUAGUGAUGGAUAUAUUGGUAUGGAGUGGCAUGUUGAGGAUGUUGAGAUUCCCGCGCCUCCGAUGGUCAUUGAUGAUGGUCUGAAGAAGAAGCAAGGUUAA